CUACUGUAUUUGGCACUAAAAAAGCAAAGGAAAAAAGAAAAAAGAAAAAAGAAAAAGGGAAAAGAAAAGAAACACGCACAACACACACCACCAUUUUUCCCUUCCUCCUUCUCCUUCACUCACUUCCCCCAAAUUCCCCCACCUCAAUAAACUCGCACCCUAAUUCCACAAAUUCUCUCCCUCUCUCUCCCUCCCUUUCUCUCCCUCUCUCUACAUAUUUUCUGUCAGAUCCAUUGAGUUUGUAGGCUCAAUUUCUUUGUUUUAAAUCUUUCUGCCGAAGCUCGCUCGCAAUUACGUUUCGAUUCUCCGUAUUUGGGGGAAGUUGUUGGGAUAUUUUGGCUGGGGAGGAGCUCGAGUUGUUGCUGAAAACAUGGGAUCGAUUGGGGCAGAUCUGUGCCGAAAAAUCUACCCGGAGCCGGUGGACGAAUUCGACCGGCUGCCGGACUCGCUCAUCCUCUUGAUCUUCAACCAAAUCGGGGACGUGAAGGCGUUGGGCCGAUGCUGCGUCGUUUCGAGGCGGUUCCACUCGCUCGUUCCCCAAGUCGACAACGUUGUUGUCCGCGUCGACUGCGUAAUCUCCGACGACGAUCCCUCCUCCAACUCUUCGUCGGCGGCCGCUUCCGCGGCCGGCGACAAGUCGCGCCACCCAAUCUCCUCCCUCUUCCGCAUCUUCUUAUCCGGGCUCUUCAAGCCCUUGCAGUCCCUAUCUCAGCUCAUCAUCCCCUCGGCGCGCCGGCUUCCGCUGUCGGAGGAUUUCGACUGCGAAGCGGAGCAGAACACCGUCACACACCAUUCGCCGACGCAGGUCUUGAAGAAUUUCAACGAAAUCAAGCUGCUCAGGAUAGAGCUUCCCACAGGGGAGCUGGGGGUUGACGACGGCGUUUUGCUCAAAUGGAAGGCGGAAUUCGGCUCCACGCUUGAUAGCUGCGUGAUUCUCGGGGCUUCGAGCGUCGCGCAGAGCGCGAACAGCAGCUACAGUAGUAGUAAUGAUAAUGGAGUGGAGAGCGAUAAUGGUAGCAUACCGGAAUCAUUCUACACCAACGGAGGCUUAAGGCUGCGGGUCGUCUGGACCAUCAGCUCGUUGAUCGCAGCCUCCGCCAGGCAUUACCUCUUGCAGCCUAUAAUAGCGGAGCACAAGACGCUGGAGAGUUUGGUUUUGACGGAUGCUGAUGGGCAGGGGGUUUUGUCUAUGAAUAAGGAACAGUUGGAGGAGCUGAGGGUGAAACCUCUUUCUGCGUCCUCGGCCUCGAAGAGGACUCUUGUCCCUGCUCUCAACAUGCGUUUGUGGUAUGCUCCUCAUCUCGAGUUGCCCAACGGGGUGGUCUUGAAAGGAGCGACUCUGGUUGCGAUCCGGCCGAGCGAGCAGCCCAAGAAGGAGGUGGCGGGAUCGGAGGCAAAUUGGGUUGCAUCGGCAUUUGAGGAGCCAUUUGGGACUGCUGCAAGGAUGUUGGUGAAGAGGAGGACCUACUGCCUCGAAAUGAACUCUUUCUGAAGGAGGGGCCUUGUUUGAGGAUGAUGAGACAGAUGCAUGAGGAUCUUUCAGGUAGAGUGUGGCAACGGAAGGUCCCAAAAGCGCAGAGCACAAAUUUUGUCUUGAGCAGAGCAAGCUGCAAGCCAGUUGCCGGCCAAGUUCAUACGGCUUCCGGUUACGACAUUGGCGGUUGAUGAAGAGCCUGCAAUUGAUUAUCAAACUGCUUUCAUUUUGAAUACUUUAAAGAGGGGGGGUGCUAUGCAACUGGAUAAUCAUGUUGUAAGAGUUAUGAGAUUUUGAUAAUCUGUCUGUGUUAGUUAUAUGUAUAUGUGAAUAUUGUAGGUAUGAUAUGACCAUCUAUGCUUAUCUGCUCUCCUUUUUCUGAAAGGUUCAGCUGCAUAUUAUAUUUUAGCUGAUUUACCCACCAAUAAAUGUCAAAACGCCUCUUCAUUUCUAUUAAUCAAGGAUAUUUUGUAGUUCAA